CCUCCACAUGUGCAACUCAGCUGCUGCGCUAUUUGUACACAGAGAUGCUGCUUCAGUGAGAAGACCGGCAAUAGGACGGUAGAGAGCUGUAGGGUGGUCUAUUGGAAACAGUUUCAGUGAGACAGGAACAGGAAGUGGUGAACAGUUACCUGGUAAAACAUGAGGCUUGUCUGUUCCUCUCUCCCGACACUGCCUGCAAAUCAUCUCAGCCUUUCCAAAUAUAGAUUCAUCUGGCUUUGCCAUGUAUUUGACUUAAAUCCAGAGGGAGUAUCUUCAGCCCUGUCCUGCCUGGCACUUGUUUGACCUGUUUGGAGGCGAAAUGACACAAAACGGUGCCGGGACUCGUAAUGGUAACGCAAAAAAGGGAGAAGAACUUAAAAUUGUGAUUGUUGGAGAUGGAGGCUGCGGGAAAACAUCUCUUCUGAUGGUUUAUGCUAAGGGUGAUUUUCCAGAGAAAUAUGCGCCAUCAGUGUUCGAAAAAUAUGUCACCACUAUCUCUCUGGGAGGAAAAGAGAUACAGCUCAACCUGUAUGACACAGCUGGACAGGAUGACUAUGACAGACUACGGCCGCUUUCAUACCAAGAGGCCAAUUUGAUUCUGGUCUGCUUUGAUGUGACCAACCCCGUCAGCUUUGAGAAUGUCCUGAUAAAGUGGUUCCCAGAGGUGAAGCACUUCUGUCGGGAGAUCCCGGUCAUCCUGAUUGGCUGCAAGACUGACCUCAGGAAAGACAAAGAGUGUUCAAGGAAACUGAAGGCCAUGAAUCUGGCUCCCAUCUCUUACACACAGGGUGAGGAGACCCGGCAGCAGAUGAAUGCAGAGCUCUACCUCGAGUGCUCAGCAAAGUAUCAGGAGAACGUGGAAGACAUUUUCCGAGAGGCCACCAAAAAAGCUUUGGCCUUCAAUCGAAAACUAAAGAACUGUAAAAGGAGGAGGAAAUGUGUGGUUUUAUGAAGUCAAAAGAGCAGAGGCUUGAGGACUCCACUCUCCUACAGGCGAGCGCCACGGGUGAUGGCCUCACGUUUUCAGAGUGGUUGGAGAUUCAGUAACCAAUUCAGACAGAUGUGGAAACAGUUUGGUGCACUGGAGGUGUGGGCCCCAGUGAAUCAUGAGCGCGUCUCCCUUUACCGUCAAACAAAAAUGACGCAACAGGAAAGACAAUUUUGCAAGAAGCUGCAGUGUGGAGAUUUUCUAACGUGGUAUACGACUUGAAAUGCUUUUAGUAAAUGUAUUUUUCACUAUUUUAUAAGAAUGUUGUUUUCUAUAUAUUUUUUCUAUUACAAAACUUUGCACCGUUUGCAAACUAAUGUGUUUCACUGGAAAGUAUAUUUAUUGGAGGAAUUUGAACAAAAGAUUCUGUCAACUGUCAAAGUAAUGUCAACUUGGAUUUUUUUGCAACUUCUAAGUUUUUAUAGUGUCAGUUCAAGAUCUGAUUCAAAAUCUGCUGGUAACAAAAUGCCCUGAUAAAAUAGUUGAUGAAAUUCUACUUAUAAUGGCACUGUAGCUUUAAAAGUAUUGAGAAGAACAAGAAAAAACUUGAUAAACACCCAACAGGGUUAGUUCAUUUCCAGUAAAACAAAAAAACUGGGCUGGAAUUUGUUUUGAAACUGCAUCAACUCAAACAGGGCUCUUACCUUUACCAACAGCGCCCACUAGUGUUGAAAAACUGGAAUGUGUCACAGUUUGUGUCUGCACAAGAAACAGGAAAAGCUAAAUUUCUUUUUUUUUUUUUUAUUAGGUGUUUAUUAAUAUUUUUUUUACAACAAUGUACACAGAUAGAGAAAUUGUCAACUGUCUCUUGUUACUGAUCUUUUUCAGGGACCAGUUACAGUCUUGAAAUGAACGAUGAAAACAUUGUUUAACAUCAGAUACGUCAUAAAAACGAGGAAGUUGUUUUGUGCAUUCUGGCAGCUCUCGCAUCAAAUGUAACAUUUUGGUCUGUAACUCAACAUGCUUCAAUUUUCCCUCAAUAAAAGUGACACAUAAAUACUG